ACUCCUUUUUUCCCAUUUGUUUCUGCCAUGGGAGAAAAAGCUGCAGUCAGCAAUUUUUUUAUAUACAUCUAACUGAAUGCUUGAUACACUAGUUUGGCUUUCUACAUGUGCGAUUUUGUUUCCAGCAACUUACAGCAUUACUUCAUCUCAUCUCACUUUUUUGGAACCUUUUAGAAGAAUAUGUGCAUUUCCAUGUGAUACUUUACAGCUCCGUGACAAAUCUUCGAUUUAUGUACCUACAUAGUAAACUAAUCAAAAUGCUAUUCCACAGACAUACGGCUACUACGCUGAUCCAGACAACGAUUGUCAAAUCUUCCACGUCUGCCUGCCUCUCCACUCGCUUUACCCAACCCUUUUCAAGGCUCAAACAACAUACCACUUUUCGUUCAUCUGCGGAAACCAGACCGCCUUUGACCAGGCGAGCAUGGCCUGCGUUCACCAGGGCAGCUUCACCUGCGACAACCCGGAGAUGUACUACUACCUCAACUACAACUUCUUCAGGAAGGUCAAGACACCCGAGGGCGACGAAAGGUGGGCGUGGGUCAACGAAGAUGUACCCAAUGGCCUUGCGCCGACGAAGCCAGGCUCCACGUCUGUCUCCGUCUCUGUGCCUGUCCCCGUGCCCAGCGGGAGGAAAUAGAAGGCCAAGGUGUCAUCGGGUUUCCUUCUUAUGCAACCCGGACCACCUGUUGCAAGGAAAGCGCUUUGAGAGCUGUCUUCCCUGGCCGAUUCUUGUUACUGGAACUUUCUUUGGCUUUUUUAUUUUUUUCAUUGUUUUCGGGAAGAGUCGACAAGGCCUGUGACUCUGGUGACGGCCACUAUCUCCUCUUGUUCACUUCCUCCUUCCGUUUCGCUUUUUCUUUCUCCUUUUCAUUUUUCGUAGUUCUUCCCAGCAAUGUGUUCACAUUGCAAAAGGAUGAACUGACUCGUUUUGCAUGCGCUAAACUGCAACCACUUGGAGGAAGGGUGUCCCUGCCUCCAAGUCGAGAUCAUCUGAUGACGUAUGCA